CUGGCCCGCCCCACCUUGGCGGAGUUAAAAGGAGUUAAUCCUUGAAUCGUGGGUCAGCGUGGGGCAUGACAUAACAAUCUCACUUGGGCGGUGACUUUCGGUAUCAUGCUAUCGAUAAGCCCCGUCUCCUCAUCUCUUGAUCUUCUACAAACACCUCAAUUUCCCUCAUCAUGGCCUCUUCACGAAUACCGUCCGAGGAGACAAGCGACCCGGAAGAGGAUCAGCCCGUCUGGCACCCAGCCCAUGAACAGCUUGACGAGACACAUUCCACAGACCCGGAUUACCAGCCCAGCCCAUCCGAGGGCCAGCGCAGACUCGGGGUGCUCGACGAGUGGGGUGGCAUUGAGCGUUAUGAAGACCCGUCCGGGGAUUUGGAGGAGGAGGAGGAGGAUGAUGAUGAUGAUGAUGAUGAUGAUGAUUACCUCGGAGCUGAGAGGUUCGUGAUCAGGGACACCAAUGAUCCCACAUUUGCGCGAUCUUAUCUAUUCCAGCUACUGGCAUCCGGUGGUUUCCGAGAGGCUCUCCUUGCCAAUGGUUUGGAUCCGGGCCCGGCACUAGAGGACGACGACUUGGAAGAGCCCGAUGAAGAUUUCAUCCUUGCCAUGACCGCUAGACUAGCAGGAAGACGGCGCAGACCGAAGUUCGUGUGGCCCAAAGUACCUAGCGAAGAAGGCACCAAGUUGAUGAGAUCCGGGCACUUUGGCACUGAGCCAUAUUACGUCGAUCGAAUCAAGAAGCGCAAAGAGGUCUUUGCCACAAAUCUCAUGUGGCGGGAGCUUGGAAUUGAUUCGCAUGGCGUGCGGAUGAGAGCCGAUCAGUCCAUUUCUCAGACUAUGAUACCUGGUUCUCGAGCCGACAGCAUCAUCCACUACGAUUCCAGAAGCUACUCGGGUGAAUUCUCUAAUGAUGGGGACUUCUUUUUCUGCUGUGAGCAGGAUUUCCGGGUUCGGAUGUACGAUACAUCCAACCCGUUUUCCUGGAAAUAUCUGAAGACUGUCGAGUAUCCUUAUGGUCAAUGGACCAUCACAGAUGCUUCGCUUAGCCCGGACAAUCGCUUCCUCGCCUACAGCUCGAUUCGCAAUGCAGCCUACCUGGCGCCAACAGACCCGGACGAUGAUUCAGAUCCGAUAGAGCUUGACUUUGCGCUUUUGCCGAAUCAGCCGAUAACACAAAGUCUUGAUCUUUCACGUUCACGCUUUGGUAUUUGGUCACUUCGAUUUUCGGGAGACGGCCGGGAGGUCGUAGCUGGGACGUCAGAGAACUCGGUGAUAGUAGUCGAUCUUGAAACACGGACGCCGGUUCUUACUCUAAAAGGUCGUCACCAGCACCAUGUCAAUGCAGUUUGUUUCGGCGACACGUCAUCGCCUCACAUUCUCUACUCUGGCUCAGACGAUACGACUUUGCGUGUCUGGGACCGACGCUCAAUGGCCGACAGACGCGAAGCCGGCGUGUUCCUCGGCCAUACGGAAGGCCUAACAUACAUUGACAGCAAAGGCGACGGCCGCUACGUCUUGUCAAAUAGUAAAGACCAGACGAUGAAGCUUUGGGACUUGCGGAAAAUGAUGCCGCCUUCAAGAGCCGAUACGUUUGAAAGGAACGCUUAUUCCACAGAGUUUGACUAUCGUUUCCAAGAAUACCCAGAGUCACAUCGUGUGGCACAUCCUCAUGACCACUCCAUUGUCACCUUCCGAGGCCAUCGCGUUCUAAAGACCCUAGUUCGCUGCCACUUUUCGCCUCCUGGCAGCACAAACUCGCGCUAUGUCUACACUGGCAGCGCAGAUGGUAAGGUCUACGUGUACAACAUCGAUGCCACGUUGGCUGGUACUAUCGAUGUCCAAUCCGCGACGAUGAAUUCUCGGCCUCGGGGGCCAGAUAUCCUCACCAAUAUGUGGGAUCUCCAUGGGGAUAUGGAGUGGAGAACGUGUGUUCGGGAUGCUAGCUGGCAUCCUAAUGUUCCAAUGAUAGCAGCAACUUCCUGGAAUGGCUGGGGUCUGUCUAGCGGCACAUGCACGAUUCAUUCCUGGAACGACGGCGCCGACGACGAGGGCGAUCUGCCAACUGGACGGAGCUACGAUCACAAGUUAAGGCCCCUUCCCGAAUAUAACCAUUAUCAGGACGAUUCUCCACCUAGUCCGCAGCGUAGACGCAUGCGCCGCACCCUUCGCAGCAGGCCGGUAGCUCGAAUGGAAACGGACGAGGACGACGAUGACGAUGCGUGGUGAAAAGGUCCAGAGUGUACUCUAAGUAUUCUCGACUUGGUAUGCGAGAAUAGAAUUCUCUGGGAUUGGUCUUCCGCGAGGUCAUUUGACUCAUAAAAGGUUCCUGCAUGUGCUGUACUUAGCGAUGACUAACGAAGAUACAAAUACGAUUAUGUCUAACUAUAACUAGAUCCAUGUAUCGUAGAUUUGAUAUUCGAAAGCUUGAAAAUGGGUAUGGAGGGUCGUUGAUUGAUCAGAAAAAUAAAAGACCCCUAUUGGUACAGGUAAGUGGUAUAUGGUAUCUCAUGGGUGGUGAUGACGCACUCCCAUCGUAUCCCAAAUAAAAAAAAAGUGGUCGCCAAUGAUUGUAAACUCCGGACGACAAGGCAAAAAAAAACAUGGAGCUGCUCAGCUGUGCUCGCUGACAAGAGGGGCUCAAUUCGCCCCCCUUUUUCGUCCAACGCGCACGCGAGCAUAAAACGUCCGCAGAAUCCGUCCAGCUCGCUCAGCAGAUGCCCAUCUCCGACUGCGGCGUGUAUUUCCUAUCUCCUGCCCGUUCUCUCCUUGAUUGAUUCGGUUCUCGAUUAAUCGUAUUGUGAAGGUUCUUGUCGUUUAUGCGCCACCGACCAGGACCUGGUUAACGGGAAUGUGGACUGGAGUAGUUAAUUGAAUGUCAGCUAUAUAUUCAAUGCUCGAUGAUGCAGUGACUUAGCGCAUUGCUAUAGCCAGCACUUACUCAACUUGACGAAGUAUCCAAUGGCACCCUGAAUGUCCGUGUCAGCGUUAUUCGACAAUUGCUCGCACUCCGCGACGAGGCUCCAGAUGAUAGUCGCAACAUACCAUAACCAGGAAUCCCAUGCCUACAGCCUGGCUGAUCUUGAUGAACUCGCGCUUGUCGGCUGCAAAGAGUGUCAGUAAUCUCUCCGAUCGGCCACGGGGGGGUCGACAUUACGCUUGGUGCAACGGCGAAUGAAGAGGCUUCCCUCGCGGACAAAGUCCUUGGGGAUAUCGGCAAGCUCUUGGAAGGUCUCAGACAUUGUGGAUGUGAAUGGCGAAAGGAGAGGAAAGAUAGGGAGAAGGAAAGUCUGGGGAAUUAGGAUUGGGA